UUUCAGAGCUUUGAAUAAUUCUCUUAAGCAAACAAGGUAAAUAAAAAGAAAAUAGAAUGUGUCUUUUAAACAGAUACAGAAGUAUCUGCUGCUGUAUCUCCAGACUGCAGAGCAGCUUUACUCCUCAGGCAGUGAGACUCUUCAAUUUAUCCUCCGUACUCAACCAAAAAGUUUGACUAUUCAUACAUUUAUAUAAUUGUUCUUUUGUGUGCAGCAUUAAGGGAUGAUAAGAAGCAUUUUUCUUUCACAACGCUGUGUUGUAAAAUCAUAAAUACAUGAACCUUGUACCUUUUAAGUUUGUAUGGCAGCCUUUAUGUCUUCACUCCCACGCCCUGUGUGUUUCACCAGAGACAAACUAGGAAAUACACAGUGUGUUAAUUUCAGUGCUCUGGGACGGAGAGACAACCAAGGAGAAAUUUACCUUCAUUUCAAAGUGGAAACACUUCUUCUUCACCCUGCAGCUGACUUCACACACUGAACUGUUUUUCAACCACGAUGGCUUCCAUCUUAGUUGACGAUCUCUCCUGUCCUGUCUGCCAUGGCAUCUACAAAGAUCCUGUUCUCCUGUCAUGCAGCCACAGCUUCUGUAAACACUGUCUGCAGAGCUGGUGGAGGGGGAAACUGGUGAAGCAGUGUCCAGUUUGCAAGGCAAGAUCUCUAACAAGUGAUCCACCUCGUAACCUGGCGUUAAAGAACCUGUGUGAGAGCUUCGUACUGAAAAAAGAUGACAGACCUCCAGCUGGGUCCGAGUCUCUCUGCAGUCUGCACGGCGAGAAACUGAAACUCUUCUGUCUGGACCAUCAGCAGCCGAUGUGUGUUGUCUGCAGAGACUCAAAAAAACACAACAACCACAGAUUCAGACCCAUCGAUGAAGCUGCACAGGAUCUUAAAGAAGAGCUGCAGAAGUCCCUGAAGCCCUUACAGGACAAACUGAGACACUUUAAACAAGUUAAAGGAAACUGCGAUCAAACAGCGGAACACAUCAAGUCUCAGGUCCAACAAGCAGAGAGUCAGAUUAAAGAGCAGUUCAAGAAGCUUCAUCAGUUUCUCCAAGAGGAAGAGGAGGCCAGGAUCUCUGCUCUGAGGGAGGAAGAGGAGCAGAAGAGUCAGAUGAUGAAGAAGAAGAUCGAAGCUCUGGGUAAAGACAUAGCAGCUCUUUCAGACACGAUCAGAACCACAGAGGAGGAGCUGAGAGCUGAAGACGUCUCAUUCCUGCAGAACUACAAGGCUGCAGUGAAGAGAGUCCAGCAGCGCCCCCUGCUGGAGGAUCCACAGCUGGACUCAGGAGCUCUGAUAGACGAGGCCAAACACCUGGGCAACCUGAGCUACAACAUCUGGAUCAAGAUGAAGGAGAAGGUCUUCUACACUCCUGUGGUUCUGGAUCCAAACUCUGCUCAUCCAGAACUCCUCCUGUCUGAGGAUCUGACCAGUGUGAGACGUGCAGAGAUACAGAUUCUCCCUGAAAACCCAGAGAGGUUUGUUUACCACCCCUCCGUCCUCGGCUCUGAGGGCUUUGACUCAGGGACUCACAGCUGGGAUGUUAAAGUUGGAGACAGCACAGACUGGUCUGUGGGUGUCGCUGCAGAGUCGGUCAACAGGAAAGGGAACAUAAAGUCUGGCAUAUGGAUGAUAAGAUUCUCUGAUGGUGAAUAUAAAGCUUGCUCCCCAGAAGCCCAACCUAUUGUUCUCUCAAUGGAGACGAAGCUACAGAAGAUCAGAGUAAAUCUGGACUUGGACAAAGAAAAGCUGUCAUUCUCUAAUCCCAACACAGAAGCACAAAUACACACCUUCACACACACUUUCAACGAGAAGCUCUUUCCAUACAUAUGCAAUACAGAUGAAUGCCCUGUAAAGAUUAUAGAAGAGAUGACUGAAGAUGAGGAUGAUGAGGAUGAGGAUGAUGAUGAUGAUGAUGAUGAUGAUGAUGAUAUUGAUGAUGAUGAUGAUAUUGAUGACGACGAUGAUGAUGAUGAUGAUGAUAUUGAUGACGACGACGACGAUGAUGAUGAUGAUGAUAUUGAUGACGACGAUGAUGAUGAUGAUGAUGAUGAUGAUGAUGAUGAUGAUGAUGAUAUUGAUGAUUAGUGAUUAGUUGAACAGGAGAAUAGACAACAGGAAGAACAACUCCACAGAUGAACUUGGAGUUCAAAGCAGAUUAAUGUUGAUUUUGUUUUGCACUUAUUUUAAUUCUGUGUUCAGAUUCGUGGUGACAUUGAUUUUUUGGGCUUUUAUUAGCCGUCUAUAAACUGGUAACAGGUUCCUUCAGGUACUUACAAAUGUCUUAUAAUCUGACAGUAAUUAGUUGGUAUGUAUAUAGUUUUAUAAACACAUAAUAAUGUGAAAUGUAAGAUUCUCAGACUGCUGUGAGUAAUUGCAUACAAAAAAUGUUCAUUCAGUAAUAACUUUUUUUCUAAGGAUCACUGGUGCAAUAAAUUUUAUUUUUAACUUA